AUGAAGCUUUUUAAUGAGAUGAAGGAGGAUAAGAAUCUGUUUGGGCCUGAUAUGUGUACUUAUAAUACGGUUUUGUCUGUUCUUUGUAAGAUUGGGAAGAUUGAUGAUGCGAUUGUUGUGUGGGAGGAGCUUAAAGGGUGUGGUUAUGAACCGGACGAGUUUACUUACAGGACUCUUGUUCGGGGUUGUUGUAGGAGUUGUAGAAUGGAUGAGGGUGUGAGGAUUUUUAAUGAGAUGAAGGAUAAUGGGUUUCGUCCUGGGGUGAUUGUGUAUAAUUGUGUUUUGGAUGGGUUUUUUAAGGCGGGGAAGGUUAAUGAAGCGUGCGAGAUGUUUGAGAGAAUGACUCGAGAAGGGGUGAAAGCUUCUUGUUGGAGUUAUAAUAUUCUGAUUCAUGGGCUUAUGAGGAAUGGGAGAUCGGAAGCUGGUUAUACGCUUUUUUGUGAUCUGAAAAAGAAAGGUCAGUUUGUGGAUGGGAUUAGUUAUAGCAUUGUUGUGCUGCAGCUUUGUAAAGAGGGUCACUUGGAAGAGGCUUUGGAGUUGGUGGAGGAAAUGGAAGCUAGAGGCUUUUCGGUUGACCUUGUUACGAUAACGUCUCUCUUGGUUGGCAUUCAUAAGCACGGUCGUUGGGAUUGGACAGAUAGGCUCAUCAAACAUGUUAGGGAAGGGGAUCUGUUACCCGGUGUUCUUAGGUGGAAGGCUGGAAUGGAAGCGUCUAUCAAUAACUUGCAUUCCAAGGAAAAAGAUUAUUCGUCAAUGUUCCCUUCUAAAGGAGGGUUUAGUGAGAUCAUGAGUUUCAUAACUCAUCCCGGGGAUGAUGAUGAUGAUGAUGAUGAUGAGGUGGAAACUUCCUCUGAAGAAAUCGACGAGUGGUCAUCAUCUCCAUACAUGGAUAAAUUGGCCAAGCGUGUUGUGAAGUCAACUGGCAAUGCUCCGCGACUGUUUACUCCCGACCGUGGACAGAGAGUUCAACAAAAAGGGUCUGAUUCUUUUGAUGUUGAUAUGGUGAAUACUUUCCUGUCUAUAUUUUUGGCCAAGGGAAAGUUGAGCUUGGCUUGUAAAUUGUUUGAGAUUUUCACCGACGCGGGUGUGGAUCCUGUCAGUUAUACUUAUAAUUCCAUCAUGAGCUCAUUUGUCAAAAAAGGCUAUUUUAACGAGGCUUGGGCCAUUCUAUCGGAAAUGGGAGAAAAGCUCUGCCCAACUGAUAUCGCUACGUACAAUAUGAUAAUCCAAGGUUUAGGAAAGAUGGGAAGAGCAGAUCUAGCCAGCACUGUUCUCGAUCGACUGCUGAAACAGGGUGGUUAUCUCGACAUAGUUAUGUAUAACACUCUCAUUAAUGCUUUGGGGAAGGCAGGGCGAAUCGAUGAGGUGAACAAGUUCUUUGAGCAAAUGAAGAGCAGCGGGAUAAAUCCGGAUGUUGUAACUUAUAAUACUUUGAUUGAAAUUCACAGCAAGGCUGGCCGAGUUAAAGAGGCUUACAAGUUCUUAAAAAUGAUGCUCGAUGCUGGAUGCACUCCUAACCAUGUUACUGACACGACUUUAGAUUAUCUAGUAAAGGAAAUCGAUAAAUUGAGAUACCAAAAGGCGUCGAUUUUGAAGGAAAAAGAUGAUCCUUCUUGA